AAAAUAAUUGAUUCAGGCAAUUCCAAAACACGGACUGGAGAAGAAUUCAUUUUCAUUUUCAUUUUCAUUUUCAUUUUAUAUCAACAUUCUUCCUGUAAAAUUGAUUUUUCUGUGUCUUUUUUUUUCUUCUACUUCCAAUUUUUGGCUUGACUAAAAAUUGCUAAAAAUAGUUUACCCGGGAUUUCUUCAUCUUCCAUGGACUGAUAGAGUGCACUGGUGCGGAUAGGGUGAGAGAGGGAGAGAGAGAGAGAGAGAGAGAGAGAGAGAGAGAGAGAGAGAGAGUGUGUGUUUUCUCUUCCACUCUGUUCUCUCGGCUACCCGCACAGAGAAAAUCUCAGAGUUUCUUUCCCGUUCUCAAAAUUAACCCCCUUUUCUUUUCAUCGCUAAAAAAAUUCUCAAUUUCAGUUACUUUCCCGCCAUCCAAACAUGGACUUCGCAACAAAACUCCAAUUCAUCGACCUCCGCUCAACCUUCCUCACCGGUUCAUCCUCCCGUUUAGACGUUCAGAAACCUAAUCUCCGACCACUUUUCAGCCCAAUUUCUUCCGCAGGUCGGUCAUAUCAUCAUUCUAUCAAAUACAGAACGAAUUUCCUUAACCCUAGAAAACCAAUAAAAAACCCUACUAGGGUUUCAGCUAAAUUGUCAGAGGCGACCGCCGAAACACCGGUUGCAAAGACUGGUGUCGAGGAGGACGAUAUCGAAUCUCUGUUUUCGGAUUAUUCGACUGAUGAAAUCAACUAUAAGCGUGCAAAUAACAAGAAAUCGAAUACCGGGGCAUCGAGUGUAUCAUCGGGUGUUAGGUUAGAGAAUGUGAGUAAGAGCUACAAGGGUGUGACUCUGUUGAAAGACGUGACUUGGGAAGUGAAGAAAGGCGAAAAAGUGGGUUUGGUGGGGGUAAAUGGUGCGGGGAAGACAACCCAGUUGAGAAUUAUUGCUGGGUUAGAAGUACCCGAUUCUGGUAAUGUUAUAAAGGCCAAACACAAUAUGAAAAUCGCGUUUUUGAGUCAAGAAUUCGAGGUUUCAUUGAGUAGGACGGUGAAGGAGGAGUUGUUAAGUGCUUUUGAAGAGCAGAUGGAGGUGGCAAAGAGGUUGGAGAAGGUGCAGAAGGCGAUUGAGGGGUCAGUGGACGAUUUGGAGUUGAUGGGGAGGCUUUUGGAUGAGUUUGAUUUGCUUCAGAGGAGAGCACAGUCUGUGGAUUUGGAUCAGGUGGAUGUCAAGAUUAGUAAGUUGAUGCCUGAACUUGGGUUUGCUCCGGAGGAUUCAGAUAGGUUAGUGGCUUCGUUUAGUGGUGGGUGGCAGAUGAGGAUGUCACUUGGGAAGAUUCUACUUCAGGACCCAGAUUUAUUACUAUUGGAUGAGCCCACUAAUCAUCUCGAUCUUGACACAAUUGAGUGGCUGGAAGGAUAUCUUAAUAAGCAAGAUGUGCCUAUGGUCAUCAUAUCCCAUGACAGGGCUUUCCUUGACCAGCUUUGUACAAAAAUUGUGGAAACAGACAUGGGUGUAUCGAGGACAUACAUGGGCAAUUAUUCUGACUAUGUUGCUGCAAAGGCAGCCUGGAUUGAAGCUCAGUUUGCAGCGUGGGAGAAGCAGCAAAAGGAAAUCGAGCAUACAAGGGACUUGAUAAGCAGAUUAAGUGCAGGAGUAAAUGCUGGCCGUGCAUCUUCUGCUGAAAAGAAACUUGAUAAGCUUCAGGAAGGUGAACAAGUUGACAAGCCUUUUAUACGGAAACAAAUGAAAAUAAGAUUCCCUGAGCGUGGAAGAAGCGGGAGAUCUGUUGUAACACUCAAGAAUCUGGAAUUUGGAUUUGGGGAUGAGGUUUUGUUUAAGAAGGCGAAUGUGACGAUUGAAAGGGGCGAGAAAAUUGCCAUUAUCGGCCCAAAUGGGUGCGGAAAGAGUACUUUGCUUAAACUUAUUAUGGGUUUAGAGAAUCCCAGAGGAGGCGAAGUUCUGCUUGGGGAACACAAUGUUCUUCCAAAUUAUUUUGAGCAGAAUCAGGCUGAGGCACUUGAUUUGGAUAAAACAGUGCUCGAGACUGUGGCAGAAGUUGCGGAAGAUUGGCGCAUGGAUGAUGUAAAAGGGCUCCUUGGGCGUUGCAAUUUCAAAGCUGAUAUGCUUGAUAGGAAGGUAUCCUUCUUGAGCGGUGGCGAGAAGGCACGUCUCGCCUUUUGCAAGUUCAUGGUAAAACCAUCAACCUUGCUAGUUUUGGAUGAGCCGACCAACCACUUGGAUAUACCGUCAAAAGAGAUGCUUGAGGAGGCGAUAUCCGAGUAUGAGGGCACUGUCAUUACUGUUUCUCAUGAUCGAUACUUCAUAAAGCAAAUAGUUAAUCGGGUAUUGGAAGUCAAGGAUGGCACUUUACAAGACUAUGAGGGCGAUUACAAUUACUAUUUGGAGAAGAACAUUGAAGCAAGACAAAAAGCGCUUGAACGGGAGGCUGAUCUCGAGGAAAAAUCUCCUAAAGCAAAAGCCAAGUCGAAAAUGUCGAAGGCUGAAAGGGAAGUGCGUAAGAAGCAGAAAUCACAGGCAUUUCAGAAUGCAAAAGCAAAAUCGAAAGGGUCGAAGAAUUCUAAAAGAUGGAAUUGAGCUAUACUUUAGUUGGAAAAAAUCUGUAUCUUUUAGAUGGUCUUACUUUGUCAAAAACCUUGACCAUGUGUAUAUAACGGUGAAUAUAAUUAGUUUACUUGGUUACUUUGAAGUUUGAAUUGAAUCCAGAUGUGACCCAAAUUUUUGAUAAAGGGUUCAUGUUAACGAUA